AUGAACAAAUAUUUGGACUUUCCAUGGGACCGCCCUCUUUUGGCAAAUUUAUACAUGAACAAAUUAGAAGAGAACUUCAAGAUGUCACCGUCAAAACCAGAAAUGCUCAUGCUGUACCUGGACGAUUACUUUGCACUUUGGUCACAUGGAAUAGAAAAACUGAAAGAAUUAAUGAAAUUUGGAAACCAAAUUGAUGAAAAAAUCAAAUUCACUAUAGAAAUAGAGGAAGGUGAGCGGUUACGUUUCCUGGAUGUUGAAGUGAUUCGCUCUAAUGUUCAGAAAGAAGUCAUAUGCCGGUAUAAUACUCAAUUUCCAGUCCCAUUACAACCACAGGCUAAAGAUAAGAAUGAGGAAGAUGUUCAUCAGAAGCAUACGAAUGACGGAUGCGGAAUUCUGGAAUGA